CGUAGAGAUGUGUGUACAGGCGGAGCACAGAGCGGAGAGCUAACCGAGCUAACCCGGGCACAGAGACACGGCUGAGCGUGGCCAUGUCGCGCUCCGUGGGCUUUAUAUCGUGAAAAAAAAAAAAAAAACAAGCUCGCGCCGGAGUUCCCGCCUCGCCGCUGAAAGGAUUACGCGGCUCGUUUGUUCUUUUUCGCCUUCUUCCUGGUGGAAUAACAAAGCCGGUGCGUGUUUGUGUAUGUGCGUGAGGAUUGUAAAUCUGAGCCGUCAACGUUAGCUGGCCUAGCCGGACUCGGGAGCUCGUCCCCCGCAACAAGAAUGGGCUCCAGGUCCGCGCGGAUUAGCCUGCUGGUAACUGGUGACCUUUGAUUGGAGCUGUGUGAUGGCAAAUUUCACGAACUAUCAGGAAGGAAAGGCAGCCAUGUUGAUGGUGGAGACGCAGCAGAGGGACAAACCUGCGGCCGCCAACGGAGACGACGGCUCGGUCGGGGAACCCCCUUCUUCCCCGUUAAUUAAUAUCGGCGGCGGCGGCAGCAGCGGUGUAGGAGGAGGAGGAGGUUCUCGCUUCCAUCAACAUUUACCGCCCUCCAACCACCACCUCCACCAUCACUACCAGCUGCACCAGCAACAGCAGCCGCAUCUGUCCGGGGAGAACAUGGCAGAGUCCCCGGGCAGGAAAGCCUCCUCCUCCAGCCAGGUACACACCGAGGACCCCGCCGCUUCCCCCGCCUCCAGCAGCCAUGUCUACGCGGCUGUUAACGUCGCCAACGCCUUGGACGUUGCGGAUGAUAUUCGCAAAUGUGGCUACCUGAGAAAGCAGAAACAUGGACAUAAGAGGUUUUUCGUGCUCCGGGCCGCCAGCCACCUGGGCCCGAGCCGUCUGGAGUACUACGACAGCGAGAAGAAAUUCAGGAGCAGCCUGCGCUCUGCUGCCGCCGCUGCGGCCGCCGCGGCCACCGCAAGCGGUGGAGCGGUAGCCCCGUCGCCCCCGAAGAGGGUCAUUUACCUGUACCAGUGUUUUACUGUGAACAAAAGGGCGGAUUCUAAAAGCAAACACCUCAUUGCUCUUUACACCAAGGACGAGUACUUUGCUAUUGUGGCUGAAAACGAGCAGGAGCAGGAGGACUGGUACGUAGCUGUCAGUGAGCUGAUGAGUGAGGGCAAAAAAGGUCACCUGGAUUCAGAUGAUCUGGACGAUGGGUACGGUACAGUCACUCCCGGUACUGUUUUCAAAGAGGUGUGGCAGGUGAACGUGAAACCUAAAGGACUGGGUCAGACCAAAAACCUCACGGGUGUAUAUCGGUUGUGUUUGUCCACUAAAACGCUCCACCUGGUCAAGUUGAACUCUGAAACGCCCUGUGUGAACCUCCAGCUUAUGAACAUCAGGCGCUGCGGACACUCGGAAAGCUUCUUCUUCAUCGAGGUGGGCCGCUCCUCCUCCAUCGGGCCGGGGGAGAUCUGGAUGCAGGUGGACGACUCUGUUGUGGCACAGAACAUGCACGAGACCAUCCUGGAGACUAUGAAAGCCCUGAAGGCUUUUGCAGAGUUUCGACCGAGGAGCAAGAGUCAGUCAUCGGGCUCCAACCCCAUGCCGUUUAUCACUACGCGGCGCCACCUGGGGAACCUGCCGCCAAGCCAGACUGGACUACAGCGUCGGUCGAGGACGGAGUCAGUGGUGGGGACGCCACCCUCAAGUAAGAGCUCCGGGGCGAGCGGUUAUCGCUUUCGUACGUCGAGUGAGGGCGAGGGGACGAUGAACCGGCCGUUCCGCUCUGCCACAGGAAGUCUGGUGCAUCUCGGCUCAGCGCGUGUCCAUCACGCUCGUCACGAAGGCGGCGGAGGCAGCAGUGGAGGUGGUGGUGUCUCCACAGGAAAUGCUGGCACGAAUACAGGCGGCAGCCGCUACGUCAGAGCCAUCCCGGGGUCGUCGUCCACUUAUCACGCCCGCUCCGCCUCUCUCCCAGUCUCCCACUUCCCCUCAACCACCAGUCCAGUGAGUGUCUCCUCCAGCAGUGGCCACGGCUCCGUCUCUGACACUCUCACACGCCCGUCUAGCGCCUCGAUAUGCGGCUCCCCGUCUGACGGCGGCUUCAACUCAUCAGACGAGUACGGCUCCAGCCCCGGUGAUUUCCGGUACUUCCGUGUGCGGAGUAACACGCCAGACUCCCUGGGCAACACGCCGCCAAUCAGGGAGGAGAACUGUCUGAACGAUUACAUGGCCAUGGGCUGGAACCGGGAGGUGUUUGGCACCAGUGGCGGGUCCAGUAACGCCAGCGGAGCUGACACGCCGCGAGACGAGAGCUCGUCAGUCGCAGAAGAGGAGCGCUUCUCUUCAUCAGCGUCGUCGUCAUUAAGGAGGAGAACGCAUUCCUUCACCAGACCCGCCGGUGGUGCGACUGGUGGUUCUGGAGUAGCAGUUUACCAGAAAAUGACACAGACCAACUUUUCACUGGACGAGGAGUCGGACGUGGUGUUGCCGUUUGGCAGCGGGCUGCUGCGAGGCGGGCCGUCCUCCUCCUCUUCCUCGCUGCGCUCUGACUACAGCUCCUGCUCCGAGCACAGCCAGCAGAGCCGUCCCUCCACACUUUCCCGGACAGAAGCCAGCAGCAGCAGCGAGCGCCCCCCUCUUUCCUCCUCCUCUGCCAAGGAAGACAGCGGCUACAUGCCCAUGUUGUGUGGCGUGGCUGCGUCGCCUCGGGACACUCCCCCUGACUACAUGCCUAUGCAACCCGGCUCUUACUCCCAACACGUCUCCCACUCCCCUCAGUUUCACAGCCCGGCUUUGGCAGCACGUGCAGCCCACCCUCAGUCCUCCUCCACUGACUCCCACGGUUACAUGAUGAUGCUCCCCGGUGCCAGUGGCAGCUCCCCCUCCCCCGUGCAGGUUUCUCCCAGUCCUCACAGCAGCUCCAGUCUGGCAGGUGCCAGUGCAGGGGACAGUAUAGCAGAAAGACCCGAGAAUGGAGAGUAUAUGGACAUGUCGUAUAGCAACAGUGGGAGCCGCCAGCUCUCAAACGAAGGGAGCAGCGGAUAUUUCACGCCAGGCACACCCGAGAGCACCCCGAAGUCUUACAGUCCCUAUUUCUCCCUCCCUCGCUCCUACAAGGCUCCCACCAGAGAGAGGGAUGAGAAGGAGUAUGGGGAGUAUGUUCCUAUGAGUUCUCCUGCCAAACCAGUCUAUUCAUCAGUUGCCACAGCUUCAUUAUCAGCUCCAGAGAGGAGGGGCGGGGGAGGAAGUAGCACCUCCACGCCUUCUCAUCCACCGCCACCGUAUGGAGCUCAUCACACAACUGCGGCGAUGGUUGACAGGCGCGCCGCCAGGCCGAACCGCCUCCCUUUAGGUAGAAGGAGUUUCCACGGCCCACUGCGGCUGAGUGAGUCCUCCACGCCAUCUGCAGGCACCUCCACGUCAGUCCCCGCCUCUGCCAGCUCAUCUGAGAGACCUUCCAGUCCUGGAGAGUAUAUCAACAUAGAGUUUGGUGAGCACUACCCCCACCAACAGCAGCCCCCCGCCUACCCUUACUCUGCCCAGGAUGAAGCACCUUCUCUGGCCUCCGCUGACCACCGCCACUCCCCCCCACAGCCCCAAACCCACCAGGACUACAUGAGCGUGGAGGUUGAGGCUGAUCAGCAGGACACCGCUGGAUGUGCGGGUAAAAAACAGUCGCCCAGACCCAGCCUCGUCGCCCCGUGGAACCCCCCCAGCUACAUCAGACCGCUGGCUAACAAUCCCACCUCCUCUGGAGUCCCCGCUGGAGGUCACUGGAGGUCGAUGGGCGAAGACUACACGGACAUGACGUUUAACCUCAGCAGAGGCGAGCGGACACAAACGAGCCCCACAGCGAUGCUGCAGCACCUGUGUGUUAUAGAAGGACGUUAUGGCCACACCCCCUCCGCCUCACCUUCAUCCAUUUCCCCUCCCCUCCCUCCGUCAAGCCCAGGACGGACACCGACGCAGCCGCUGGAGCCCAAGGUGGUUCGACCUGACCCCCAGGGCCGGAGGAGACACAGCUCGGAGACGUUCUCCUCCACUUCCUCCUCUAAUUCGACUCCCUCUGGAGGAGGCCUCGGACCCUCGUCCUCCGCCGCCCACCCCACUCUGAACCCCACAGCCUCCAACGGAUCAUACCAAACAGAGGGUCAGGCUUCCAGGUGGGCCAGCUCUGCAUCCUUUGACAGUGUGUGGAUGUCUGUAGAGGGUGUGGGAGACUCGCCGGCUCUCCACGCUUCAACAAGAGCCAUGGAAAUGGGGGCCACUCCCGGGACCUCAGCCUCUUCCUCCUCCUCCUCAUCCUCGGGUCCUGGGGCCAGCAGGAUGUGCAGGAACAUGUCGGUGGGCUACCAGAACGGCCUCAACUACAUCGCCCUGGAGCUGAGGGAGGACGCCAGCAACGUGGGAGCCAGCAGCAGCAACGGGAGCUCGGUGGCGGCGGUGGGGACUGUGCCUCUGCCCGAGAACGGCGCCUACGCCAGUAUAGACUUCACCAAAUGUGACGGAAUCGCCACGACGACAAAGGACUGAGCGAGGACGUCAGAGGUUCCCUCCUCCUCCUCCUCAUCUCUCUGCUCAUGGCACAUGACUCUGCCUGUGACCUCUGACCUUCACCCAGACUGGACUGAGCAGCUGAGCAUCUUCCUUCUCGACGCAGAGAAACAAACACCACGACAGAAACGCUUGCUUGUUUUUUUUUUUGUAUUG